AUGCCUGCAGCUGCAGGAUCGCUCUCGCCUCGUCGCAAACGCGUUCGCCGCUACUUCUCGGCAUCUGCAGCUACAGGCAGGAGGCUUACCGGAAAGUUCUCCGCGCUCUCAGCGACUGGCUCGAACAACGCCGCAGCUACCUCACGCACUCGGCGCCGCAGUUCCUCAGCUUCCAGUACCGGCCAGCCAAAGAUCUAUGCCUCUCUUCCUCCCUCACCCAUUUCACCCUCUCCUCUGCAAGCAUCUACUCCUCCGUACGCGUCGGGCAUUCCAACUUUCCCCUCGGCUGAGAUCUACCACGAGCCGCCGUUCUCAAUAUGGGACUACUUGCGUGAGGAGCUCCUAGCCACAGACUUCGACUCGCAUCAGGAGCUCAAAUGGGAGCGCGUCAGCAACUUCCUUCACAUGCCUGUUGCUCUCGAGAAGAUCUUCUUUUUUGGAUUCGUAGUCUGCCUUGACUCCUUCCUUUACACGUUCACCAUCCUCCCCAUCCGCUUCACCCUCGCCUUGUAUCGCCUGCUCAUCAACACAUUCUGCUUCUGGCACCCCGCUCCGCCCCUGCCACCCUCUCAGAAGGCCGAUAUCCUCCGCACGCUUCUGAUCAUUGUCUCUAUCAUAAUACUGGCGCCGCUCACAGAUGCAAGCAAGAUAUACCAUUCCAUUCGCGGGCAGGAUACCAUCAAAUUGUAUGUCAUAUUCAAUGCGCUCGAAAUUGCGGACCGCCUGUGUGCAUCCAUUGGCCAGGACAUCCUGGACUGCCUGUUCUCUCGCUCUACUCUGGAGGUCAUCUCACAUCGCAAACGACCUACGUCGUACAUCUUCCGGCCCGUGGUAUUCUUUGCUCUGGCUCUCGUCUAUACUGUGGCACACACGCUUGUCAUGAUUUACUCCAUGAUCUCACUGAACGUUGCCGUCAACUCAUAUGACCACGCACUCCUGACUCUGCUUGUGUCAAACCAGUUCGUCGAAAUCAAGGGCAGUGUGUUCAAGAAGUUCGAGAAAGACAACCUCUUCCAGAUCACCUGCGCAGAUAUCGUUGAGCGCUUCACGCUUGCGCUCAUGCUCUGCAUCGUGGCGUUUCGCAACCUCAUCGAGCUCAACGGGUCCGCGUUCGCCUUCACCGACGGCUUCGCUCUCCCGAAGAGCUUCGGCUGGUUCCGCGGGAAUAAUGCCCUCUGGACGAUUUCCUAUCCCGUGCUGACAGUCAUGGCGUCCGAGAUGGGCGUCGACUGGCUCAAGCACGCGUUCAUCACCAAGUUCAACCACAUACGCCCGUCUGUGUAUGAACGUUAUACAGACGUGCUGUGCCGUGACCUUGCCAGCGGGAGCGCGGUAGGGCGCCGCGGCGCGCGCAAGCACACGUAUGUCGACCAGUCGCCACUGGUCGCGCGGCGCCUCGGGUUUGCCUCGCUGCCACUCGCCGUGCUUGCGGUGUUGAUCGGCUCCCAAUCGGUGAACCUGCUCAUCUCGAUGCACACGGACGGGAGCGUGCCGUGGAUCUGGACGCGCCCGCUGUACGACAUCUCAGAGGGCGAGCUCGUCAACGCCGCCAAGUGGGCGGCGCUCGUGGUACUCGUGUGGUGCUGCACCGUGGUGAUCAAAAUCAUCCUUGGCGUGCAGCUGCUAGGCUAUGCAACACGCCGGCGCGCCGACAUGGAAGCGCGGGAGGCCGCCGACGUCGUGAACGACUUUGGAAGGGACCCGAUCGGCGAGGGCAAGGAAGAGCAGAUGUACAAUCGGGAGUUGAAGACCCUGCUGGAUGAUGCGCGGGAUGAUGCGGCGCCUGUCCCAGACGUCGGGGAGCGUAAGCCGGGGGAAGGCACUGGGAAGAGUGGCGCUCAGCGCAAGCGGCUACCGCUGGAGGAGAUCACGCGGUUCACGAUGGUGAAGCGAAUCUGGUAGAUGUACGGUGGAGGACUUUUGUAAUGACACGGACGGACGCCACGAUUGUUACGAAUCGCUAGGUUGAGCUGA